GCGACCCGGGUCAGCACUGCCAACUGCCCCGACACCGAACGCUUGGCCCGUAUGGAAAAAGCCGCCGGCCCGGGGUUCCGUCGCCUGCCUAGGGGCGCAUCUGCCCAAACUCUAACGAUACCUCAAGCAGAAAUAGUGGGGAUCCGGGCCAGACCCCUCACGCAGUGACUCAGUGACUCAAAGCCGCCAGCGGUACUGGAAGGACGGGGUGGAUGGCCCAUCGCCUCCUCUCCCUUCUGAACUGGUUCACAGCACCCCGGUGGCUUCAGUACUGGGUGCCUUCAUCUUUUCCCUGUGACUCCCUCUGGUUUUCCUGCCUCCCUCUUCAGUGGUGGGACUCGAGGCCGGAUCAAGGCCUCCAGAGAAGAGCUCUGCCAUCAAGAAAGGCAGCACAGGGCCAGGCCUUGCCCAUGGACCCUUCUCAGGACAACCUGACGGCACCCGCACAGCUGCUCUCCUAAGCCGCAGGGGGCCCGGGCUCCCCAUCUUUUGGGAGGAGCCAUGGUGUUUAGGAGGGGCAGGUGCAGCUCCCUGAGGUGGCCGGGCCCGGGAGGGGGCAGUGUUUGCACAGGCCCCCUAGGCAUGCUCAGGGCCAGCCUGCUGCUUGUCAGCCUGCUCUGGGGGGCGCGGGGCACAGCCAGCGCCAGUCUUAGCACGGCUGUGGGCCGUACCGUGCCCCUGACAGGGCGCCGCUACUUGAGCAUUGGGGAUGGCUCCGUGACGGAGUUUGAGUUCCCAGAGGAGAGCGAGGGCAUCAUCGUGGUCUCAAGCCAGUACCCGGGCCAGGGCAACGGGACGGGGCCCAGCCCCGUGCUGAGGGUCACCUCCCUGGACACAGAGGUGCUGACCAUCAAGAACGUGAGUGCCGUAGCCUGGGCUGGUGGGGGUGGCUUCGUGGUGAGCAUCCACUCGGGCCUGCCUGGGCUAGCGCCACUCCACCUCCAGCUCCUGGACCCCCGUGAGGCCCCGCCCACGCUGGUUGAGGAGCGGAGGGAUUUCUGCAUCAAGGUCUCACCUGCUGAAGACACCCCUGCCACCCUUGGCACUGACUUGGUCCACUUCUCAGAGAACCCAGUACUCUACUUGCUCCUGCCUCUUAUCUUUGUCAACAAGUGUUCAUUUGGGUGCCAAGUAGAGCUCGAGGUUCUGAAGGGGCUCCUGCAGAGCCCCCAGCCCAUGCUGCUGGGCCUCCUGGGCCAGUUUCUGGUUAUGCCCUUCUACGCUUUUCUGAUGGCUAAGGUCUUCAUGCUGCCCAAGGCCCUGGCUCUGGGCCUCAUCAUCACCUGCUCGUCGCCCGGCGGCGGGGGGAGCUACCUCUUCAGCCUCCUCCUCGGGGGGGAUGUCACCCUGGCCAUCUCCAUGACUUUCAUCUCAACAGUGGCUGCCACCGGUUUCCUGCCGCUGUCCUCGGCCAUCUACAGCCGCCUGCUCAGCACCCACGAGACACUCCACGUGCCCAUUUCCAAGAUCCUGGGGACCCUGCUGUUCAUCGCCAUCCCCAUAGCAGCGGGCGUGGUGAUCAAGUCCAAGCUCCCCAAGUUCUCGCAGCUGCUGCUGCAGGUCAUCAAGCCCUUCAGCUUCGUGCUGCUCCUGGGCGGCCUCUUCCUGGCCUACCAUAUGGGGGUCUUCAUCCUGGCGGGCGUCAGGCUGCCCAUCGUGCUGGUGGGCCUCACAGUGCCCCCGGUUGGCCUCCUGGUGGGUUACUGCCUGGCCACAUGCCUGAAGCUGCCAGUGGCCCAGCGUCGGACCGUCAGCAUCGAGGUCGGGGUGCAGAACAGCCUGCUGGCCUUGGCCAUGCUGCAGCUGUCCCUCCGCCGCCUGCAGGCUGACUAUGCCUCCCAGGCCCCCUUCCUUGUGGCACUGAGUGGCACCUCAGAGAUGCUGGCCUUAGUUACUGGCCACUUCAUCUAUAGCAGUGUGUGUGCAGUUCCCUGAGGCCCCCCGGGGCAAGCUUUCGCCGCCCCUAGCCCCCAGCCUCCACCCACGGUCCCCACAGUUCCUGUGUACCAAAGGCCUUUAGUUCUCAUGCACUAUGCACUCAGAAAAAUCCAGGCUUAUUUUUUUUACUCGUUUUUUAUUCUCCAGCUUUCAGUGCCAAAGAGGCCACGCUGAUUUCAGUAGGUGGGCACUGCCUAGAAAAUAUAUUUCAAUAAAAGAGAGAAGCAAGCUUG